GUUGCCUGGAGAUGUUGGAGAAAUGGACGCAGGACCAAGCGUUGAUACUGCUGACGGUCGGAUUGGCAGUGAUUUUCGUCGAAGUAGGCGCAUUGCUGACCACGUUUCUCGCCUGCUCGAGGGGUCACAAGCGAGCCAAGUCCCGAGCAUCGACGUUCACGUCCACGCAAACCUUGAGCCCUUUCAGCGAAAGCGAUCACGAUUUCGGAUUCGGGAACACGAACCAUCAGAUCCACCAAUCCCAAAGCGUUGAUCCGUUAUUCGCAGGCAUGGGGAUCGAGAAUCGGAUGCACGCGGCCGGCACGACGUUCGGCGCCAAGUCUUGAAGGUGGCUAGAGGGCAGCGAGGGUAAAUCGCCGAUCGAGGUCAAGAACAGAGACAAGAAGACCGUGGGCAAUCUUCCUAGGCUGAACGACGUGUCGAGAUUCAACCGGAGCAUCAUCGAGGAGUGGAAGAACCCGUCGAAGCCCUCCGACGAUGUCUUACGAAACGACCAGCUGUACGAAGAGCGAGCGAUCGACGUGCCGAACCAUCCGUUCCAGCGGAACUACUCGAAGAAGAGCAACGACAACGCGAAAACCAGCGACGAGAAGAGGAGCCUAAGCAGAACGAAGGUAUCUCAGAACAACGGGACCGUCAGGAGCAUUCCGAUCAAACACUAUCAGGCGUCGAUAGCGCAGAACAUGGGAACGUUGAGAAGGUCCUUGGCGCCGCAGCUGCAAUUCGAGUCCUCGAUCUCCGAGCCCGAGAAGAACUGCUACAAAACGGUCUCCGCGAACGACGUAUCCUGUUCCCAGAACGAACAAGCCCCGCGUCCGAUUCGUUUCUUGAAGCACUCGGACGCUGCCAACGCGACGAGAAGGUCCUGCCACUCCUGCGACUAUCAGCGCGAGGCUCGAUCCGAAGCCAACCGGAUCAACUCUAAAUUGAAGACGCUGGAUCGCCGGAUAGUCCGAAGCGAGCACAACAUCUCCCAUCGAUUGGACGACGACGUCAGCGACUUCGAUGAAUACUUCCACAAGGUUGGCUCUAGGUCGAUGACGAUGGGUCGUUUGAAAUCGGGGAAGACGCAGGAAAAUGGAGGGGCCAACUGCCAUUCCAAGGACGAGGAGAACCGGCUGAAUAGGAAGUGGGGAACGAUCGACCUUGAACGAGGACACGUCGGUCAGAAGAUAUCGGCGUACGAGGAGAACGCGAGGUGCAGCGGCCGCAAUUGGGAGUACAGCGACAGGUACCAGGUGCUUCCGGAGAUUAAGAAGCAUAGAACGAUAGGCGUGCCAUUGGUAGGGAUGCACAAUGCGUGCGGAUUGCCAGUGGUAGCUUCCUGGCCUGAUCACGAGCUGCUGGAGCCCUUGAGGGUCCGAAGCAGAGUUAUAGGGACGCUGAGACCGAUCUUCAAGACACCCAGGACCACCGACGGUCGUCAUCGAACGCAUCCGAAGAGGAAAGCGCCACAGCCGAACCAGACCAUGUCCAGGAAGAAGCACGACGCGGAGAAGUUGAAGAAUCUUGACAAGCAAGUGGAGUGUCCGUCGAUAAAGUCGCUGAUGUCUUUGGAUACCGAAGGCGAGGCUAAAAAGAGGAGGAGGAGACGUCCGUCGUUCAAGGCGAAGAAGGUCGGGACGUUCUCGUCGUCGAAGAACUCCAUGAGGCACACCUGUAAAUCGCAUAUCAAGAGGAACAAGGAGAACUCGAUGGCUGAUAACGCUCGCAGGAAAUCACCGGAUGCCGAGAACGCUAAGAGACAGACUUUGUAUGCGAGGGACGAUGGCGAGGACUCUGUGCAAGUCCUGAAGAAUCUAUGUUUGAAUCCUCUGGCACGGACCAAGUCGGAAACCGAUAUGAUUUGGUGAUUAUUGGUCUCUGCUUUCUUCGAUGAUACCGGGUGUCCCCGCUAAGAUCGUACACCCAGGUAUUUUCUGCGCUUUUAGCAAAUUAUUCGGUGGCUAUUCGUACAGUUUAUAUUAAAUAAUAUAUUAAAUAUAUAUAUAAUAUAUUAUAAU